AUGCCUGGUAGCAGCGAUAUCCACAAGGAGAGAAGGUUUGCUCCUUCAGCAGGGAAGCCCUCCAAGAUAAGGACACAUCGAGAUGGAGGAGGUGGAGGCAGUGGCAAAAGUGGCAGACCCAUGGUCCUCGCCGUGGGCAAAGGCACAGCUGGUCAUGGUGGCAUAUCACCAGGCUAUCACUGGUGUAUGCUAUACAGAGGCAGUGGCUUCAUCAGCUGUGGACUUCUGCCAGAAUCCAGUUCAGCUGGUGUCAGAACCCUUGAGCCCAAAACUGGGAGCCAGGAGCGAAUCAUGACGAUGGCCAUUUGUGGUUGUGGUGGUGGUGGUGGUGGUGGUGGUGGUGGUGGGGAUUGGGGGGGGGGCAUGAGCGAAUCCAAAAUGGUGCAUGGGUGA